CAAUACUGUACAUAAUCCUGGCGUAGAGACAGCCUUGUGCGGUAUAAUGUCAACCUUCGUCGGUCAUGCUCGCGGAAUGCUUCAGAUUCAAAUGGCACUGUUGGAAGACAUGGUUGUAAAUGCGAAGAAUAACAAGGAGAAAAGUCUCUUACCUCUUAUCGUCAGUAAUCACGUUGGGAUAUUAACAUACGCGAAACGCGUCGCGUAUGCGAUGCAAGAGAUAUGUUUUUUGGAAGUAACGACCACGACUCUUCUUAUAUGCACUAUGGAAUAUCUUUCCAUUAUGGCGUGGAGAGACGUUGAUUUGAUAGCGCUCGGAACAUACGUUGGCUCGUGGAUUUCGAUGACUCUGAAUAUGUUCAUAAUUUGUUACGCGGGCGAUCUUCUUGUCGAAGAGGGCGAAAAAUUUGGUGAAGCGACUUACAAUAUAGAAUGGUACAACCUACCAGAAAAGAAGGCCCAGGACUUAAUAAUUCUGAUUGGUAUAUCGAGAUAUCCGCCGAAACUUAUGGGUGGGAAGAUAUUCGAAAUAUCAAUAGACACAUUCAGCUCUGUGAUUAGAUCAUCGUUUGUGUAUUUGAAUUUGUGUCAAACUGUUGCCGAAUGACUGUUUCUGAUUAGAGAUUAUUUCUCUCUCGUUUCCAAAUAAUGUUGGCUUUUUAGAAAACGGAUAAACAAAUUUUGAAAGUUAUAAAUUGUUUGCAGAAAGAGAAAAUAUUUCCAAUGCGCGAUGGUUGUAGUUAACUAUUUCAGUAGAGCAUUCAGGUAUAUUCGUUUUUUCGCCAAUAUGUUUGCGAGCUCAAUUUAUAACUAAUAUACAUACACUUUUGGGUAACUUGAAAAUUCUAUGAUAAUCGUUUAUAGCACAAAAUUAGUCGCGAUUAAUUACAGUAAAAUUUAGUUAAAUUACAUUUUUUCAGAAAUACAGUAUAAUUAAUAUGUUUGCAAAUUUGCGAAUUUCCCUUAUACUGUGUACCACCCAGAUAUUUUGCAAUACUAUUUUAUCGCAGAUGUACUCAUUGGUCUUAGAGUAAUAGCACCUAAUCAUCGAACACUCAUGCAUAAUACUAGCUUU